GUGUUUUUGGGAGAAGUCAACUUUGUCCAACUCCAUUCUUUUGCCCAAAAAAAAAAAAGUUGACUCUGACUUCCCCUUCUUCAACCAAAUUCAACUCUCUUCAUCUCUUCCGACCGGAUUUCUCUCGAUGAUUCUUUCUUAUUUCUGUCGGUUACUACCGUCCAAUUCGUUCUUAUCCAUUUCUUUGUCUGCUUCGCCGGCGAUGCCUCUCUUGCUGCUCUUCUUCUGAUUGGAAUUUCAAUUGGUUGGCCGCUGAAUUUUGAAACCGAGUUUCGAUCGUCUCCGUGUUCGACUCAGCUUUGCUGCUGUGGAAAUUAGCGCAAUUUUGGGAGUACUUUGGGCAAAUUGUUGCUAUUGUGAUAUCGGAUUUUCUCACUCUCCGACGAAGAUGGACUGAUUUUUUUAAGGAUUUGGCUGAAUUUUGAUGCGAUUUUGAUGGUAGUAAGAGAAAUAAAUGCUUCCCUGUAUAGAGCUCGCGUGAUUUUCUCAUUGGAUACUGUUUAAAGUCAUAGUUACUAUAUCGUUUGAUUUUUUGACCUCGUUUUUGCCUUACGAUUCUGUUGCGUCGUUUUAGUCAAUUGAUCAACUGGACUUGCCUUUGCGCUUACUGCGCCGGCGAAUGGCUGUACUUGCUUGUUGAAAUUUGGAUAUAAACUGGCACCGGAUUCUAGAUAUUUUUUACUUUCGGCUCAGCUUGAUGAUUGGGAUGGAAUGAAUUGAUUAAAUAGUCUUAUAGCUUUCUUAGUGUUUGGUCUUCAAAGAUGGCUUUUCUUCUUGUUAUGUCAUCGAUAAUAGCUUCCAUUACGGCCGUUUUGUUGAUGCAAUCGCCAGGAGUAUUUGCUUCUGAGUUUAUGAUGGAAUCAGGGGUUUCAAGAGGUAAUCAGAUUCCUUAUUCAGUUUCGAAAGGUUGUGAACGUUAUUUCAUGAAUGGGAUUCCUAUGGACAAAAUUGUGUUCUGUAAGCUACUGCAGUUCUUGCGUGGAUAUCCUGGCAUAUUUGAGAAUUCGAGGGGAAGUGAUGAUUGCUGUUGGGAUAAUUCAUUCUCUGGUAUACGAGUCAAAACAUCAAGGAAACUGUUAAAAGAAGAACGAAAGGAUGAAUACAUUAAUCUUAAAGAUGGCCAGUAUCUUCAUCAGAGGGCAAAAGAGGAUCCAAAAUCUUUUGCAACCUCCAAAAACAUUGGAAUUGCAGUAACUGGAACCUUCGUUUUAUGUUGUGGUGUCCUCUGUCCUUGUUUCUAUCGAAAGAGGAGACGCAGUGUUCAAAAACUUUCAGAAAUAGAACAACAGUCAGUGCAUUUAGCCUCCACCAUCGAAGCGAUGAACUCUACUCCUGAGAAGAUUCUAGCCAGUCCACUUCGGGUACCACCUAGUCCUAGAUAUUCUCCAUCUCCAAAAUUUAAACGUCUUGGAUCUGUUCAUCUUAACAUGAGCCAAGUAGCUAGAGCAACUCAGGAGUUCUCACCAGCUCUCCGCAUAGGUGAAGGAGGUUUCGGAACUGUCUACAAAGCACAACUAGAAGAUGGGCAGAUAGUUGCCAUAAAACGUGCAAAAAAGGAACAAUUUGAGAAUUCACGAACCGACUUUGGCAGUGAAGUAGAAUUACUGUCCAAAAUUGAUCAUCGGAGUCUGGUUAAGCUGCUAGGUUAUGUUGACCAUGGAAAUGAGCGUAUUAUCAUUACGGAAUAUGUAGGAAACGGAACUCUUAGAGAACAUUUGGAUGGUGUACAUGGGAAAGUAUUGGAUUUCAAUCAGAGACUUGAAAUUGCCAUUGACAUUGCUCAUGGCCUAACUUAUCUCCAUCUAUAUGCAGAGAAGCAAAUUAUUCAUAGAGAUGUGAAAUCUACCAACAUUCUUCUUACCGAAAGCAUGAGAGCAAAGGUGGCGGAUUUUGGAUUUGCAAGGCUUGGCACUUUGGGUACCGAACAAACGCACAUUUCAACUCAAGUGAAAGGAACAGUUGGUUACCUUGAUCCAGAGUAUAUGAAGACCUAUCAACUUACCACUAAGAGCGAUGUCUACUCAUUUGGGAUUUUACUCGUAGAAAUUCUAACAGGACGCCGUCCAUUGGAAGUGAAGAGGCCUCCAGACGAGCGGGUCACAAUAAGAUGGGCUUUCAACAAGUAUAGUGAAGACAAAAUUGUGGAAACCUUAGAUCCUUUGAUGGAGGAAACUGUGGAUGCAGACAUUGUCGUUAAAAUGUUCGAAUUGGCAAUCCAAUGUGCAGCACCAGUUCGAGCGGACCGUCCAGACAUGAAGUUAGUUGGGGAGCAGCUGUGGGCAAUAAGAGCAGAUUAUAUAUCACAGAAGAAGGAUAAAGCAAGAGUGCCUUAGAAAGGUGUGUUUGUUGUAUUUGAAACUCCUUAGGUGAUCAAGCAAUAGUGUGAUUCCAUUAAUUUACCAUGUCAUUUGCAGUUCACCUCCACCACAACUCUGUUCCACGCUUGUCAUUUUACACCUUCAACCUCCUUCAGCCUUGUUUAAAUCACCUAUUAAUUUAGUGUUGUUUUUUCCCCAGUUAACCUUGUUUCAAUAUAUAAUUUUUGUCUAUAAUUCAAACCUAUCAACAUCCCCUUUUGACUAUUGUAUAAAAAGAAAUUUACAUUCACGAUUUGAUGGUGUAUAAGAUUGUGGUCUUACUUUCAUUGUCUA